AUAAAAUCAUCUCUACGAUACGAGUCCUGUUCGGACGAGCCACCGACGAAAAGGAUGCGAGCUCGGCUCCACUACAGAACGACGACGGCAGGAUAAAACCGACGAGCACCCCGCCGUUAGCAACCAGACCGAUUUGGUACGCGCUGCCGAACGGAAAAACCUUCCUGCAGAGGAAAACUCUUCGAAGCCUGACCGGUUCUUUGCUAGUGUGCGUUGUCCGGUACGCGGUCCGUUUCUCCGAAGUUCGCGUGUGUAUCUGUGAGUGUAAGUGUGCACAAUUUGCUUGCAGCCAUCCAAAAGAGCUCCAAGUGAGCCAGCAGGUUGCAGUGCUAAAGUGUGGCCCGUUAUUGUUACGUCCUUCGAGCAGUGAUUUUGUCCCACCUCGCCAUACGUAGUACGUUCGGUCGUAUAUAGUCGAUUUCGUCGUACUUCAUAUCAUAAAAAAGGGGACGUGAGUGAAUCAAGCGCAAAAAAAAAACGAGUGAGCGAAGGAAGGAAAUUUUCACCGGUGAAAAGUGUCGGGGAGAAAGCGUUCAUGAAAGCUAAUAAAUAUUCAGUGAGAUAAAGCGUAACAAGAGCGAACGACAAAAGCAGAAAAGUGAAAGAAGGCAAAAAAGGAGUAAAUUAACUUUACAUAGAAAAAGCACACCCAGGAUAUUGGUUUGACCAAGUGGGGGAAGCAGAAUACGCCGCACAAAGACGACGACAGCCGACCACUUCAGGUUAAGCCUCUCGAGUGAAUCCGCGUGAAAGAAGGAAGCCCUCAGAAGAGCAGCAAGACCAGAACCUUUACGCAGUGUACCGUCUGGAAUAACCCGUUUUCACCAUUUUUCACAUUCCCGUGUCAAAAAAUCUGUCUGCCGGAGUGGCACCUGCCAGCAGCAAAGAAAACGAACCCACGUCUCCCUCCUCCCGCACUAUUAAAACUUCCAGAGCCUGGUGGUGAACUUAGUGAUAAUCUAAAUUUCUGUUCAUAUCACCGGAAACGACUCAAUUUCGCACCCCUAGAAACAAGUGUGUAGCAACCCUUCCGAGCGCCCCACCCAAACCAUCCGAAAUUGAAAAACCAUGGCAAGCGUGGUGCAACCCUCGACGGCACGGGCGCAACAGGUGCUACAGCAGCAGUCCCAGCAAAUCGCUAUCGAGAUAGCUUCCGAACCGGUGCCGCAACUUCCGCCACAGCAGCCGCAGCAUCAGCAUAUCCAUCACCAGGAGCUGCAGGCGCACGCUUUGCUCGCCCAAUGCCAGCAGCCGCAGUCCCUGCCGUCGUCGAACGUUGACAUCGUGCUGCGGGAGUCGACCCGCGCCAAUCUGAUCAGCCGGAAGAAGUCGUCCGUCAUCGGGGAGCACCACCGGCGGGGCGGCAAGUCCAAGGACGACAAGAACGAGGGCAAAUCCGUGUACCGAAAGUUCUUCAAGCGCAUCAAGACGAUUCUGGAUGGAGCGGAUCCGACGACGAGCAGCAAACCCGAAGCCGAGGAUCUGCCCGUUCCCCAGCGCUACUACCCGGACUCGUUGGUAGAGCUCACCAAAACCGCCCGCUUCACCGAGGAUGAAAUCAAGCGAAUAUACCGCGGCUUCAAGGCGGAGUGCCCUACCGGAAUCGUCAAGGAGGACACCUUCAAGGGCAUCUACUCGCAGUUUUUCCCGCUCGGUGCCAGCAGCGGCCAGUACGCGCACUACGUAUUCAACUCCAUCGAUCUGGACCGGAAUGGCUCAUUAAGCUUCGAGGAAUUUGUGGCCAACUUAUCGAUCCUGCUGCGGGGCACGGUCGACGAGAAGCUCCAGUGGACGUUCUCGCUGUACGACAUCAACGGGGACGGCUGCAUCACCAAGGAGGAGAUGAAGGAGAUUGUGACGGCCAUCUACGAACUGAUGGGGAAGGUCCCGGAGGGAUGCGACGAGGAGCAGGCCAUCAAGGAGAAAGUCGAACGGCUAUUCGAGAAAAUGGACCGCAAUUGCGACGGCAAGAUCACCCUGGACGAGUUCAUCGAGUGCUGCACCACGGACGAAAGCAUUCGUCGUUCGAUAGCUGUUUUCGAUACCAUCUUCUAAGUGCAGCAACCAUCGAUGUUGAAAUUUGUUUCUUUUUUUUAAGGGAUGGAGCCAACAGCAACAUCACAAAACCAAAACGUAACCAAAAGUGAUAGAACGUAUGAAAGCCGCGCAAAAAUGGUUGUUCCCCUUGCUGAACGAUCACAGAUAUAUGAGCUCUUGUUGUUGUAACCCAUAUAUGUACGCUAUGCAAUUUCUACGAAUGAAUGAAUUGAUCGAUCACGGGGCAUAAGACACGUGUUACAACAUUGCCAAUUUAUCCUAUCGUGAUUCGCACAAACGCACGCUGUUAUCGAGCAAAUUCUUGUUUAAUGUUCUACAUCUUAAGCAGGCUUCAUCAGCUUACGUUGUAAUUAUUUUGAAUGACGUACGAGUUCUAAUGUAGCUCAUCAUGUUUACUGCCGCGCCAAGCUUGAUUGUCUCAUAUCGGUUUUUACUACGCCGGACUCACUUAUGCGUUAGAAAUAUCGCAUUCGUCGUAACAUGUCAUUUUUCUAACGAGCAUCAUAGCUAGAGUUUCCAACAAUCUGUCCAUAAUACGAAUUAGUAAUCAUUCAGUUAAAUCUGUUAGUAACUAUACAGGCACGUAUUUCGACGCCAACAGUGAGGCCACCUUAAACGUCUCGUACUUGGAUCAACAUUUUGUUUUGGAAUUCAUUAAUGGCCUCACUUGGUGACCACCGCCAGUCAGUAGAAAGGUGACAUGGGACAAGCUUGCAAGGGAUGGCAGUUUUCUUUACGAUAAAGCAGUAAUGUGAAGCUUUUAAGUGAAUUUAGCUAUGCAUCGGAGUAACCUGCUCAGUACAUAUGACCAAACUGUAUAUCACAACGAAUUAUGUAGGCCAUUCAAUGAACGACUAACGAUAGGAAGAAUGUUAUUAUUUCAAGCCAUUGAGAAGCCGAUUGCUAUCGAAACUGUUGCUACUGGUGGAAACGCAAGCAUGAGUCAGUACCGAAAAGAUAGGGGAAAGUACUGAAUCGUUAUUCUUACGACAAAGUUCGCCAACGGGUUUCGUUCCCAGCUUCUUCAUCGCAGGCCAUCUCCUUCUAUUCAUUGUCAUACGAAGGAUGAGCUUUCCUAUCCCACUGUGUCUGUCGUCUAACUCUGGGUAAGGUUGAUACUAUUGCUGCCGCUGCACAGAUUAAAGUCUAAUCCCGCUUUUGAUAAAUUUCCUGUGCCAGAUGAUAUGACAGAGGAAAAGGAACCAAAAGGAAGCUCCUACGCUAAGCUAACAAUUAGUUUUACGGAUUAGAAGUUCAUGCCUUACUUAAUGGAACAGUUUCAGCGCCGUUAUGUUAAUCGUGCUAAGUUUUAAAUGAACCUUUAAAAAUGUGCGACUGGCAAUGCGAUAUUAUAUUAUACUGGUGAUAGAAUAAAUUAUUGUUGAUGACUAGUCUCAACCUGUCUCAACUAGUAAGAAAUAAAACAAUCAAUUCAGACGUUUUGAUAAACAGUCCUCUUUUUCCAUUCUUAUUGAUUCCAUGAUGCACUGGGCAGAAUUUUAUUCAAAUCACUCAUGGAUGGUACUAAAUUUCUUAGUAGCUUAUGAGAAAUGUCAAGAUUCAAUAUCUUGACGCUGAUUGGUGUUAUACACGAUUAAGAACUCUAAAACCUGAUAGAUGAGGCAGCCUGAGGCUGCAAAUCUCUAUACAAAGAUAAAAAAAGCCUCCCGAAAUCCAAAACUAAUUUCACUUGCGUUUUCAAGGGAACCCUCACUCGAUACGGAUUCAACGCACAGCUGGGGACGCAGCAAAGCUGAAAUAAUAAAAAUGACAGUUGUGCGUUGCCGCCUAUUAUUUUUUUACGACGCCGAUGGUUAUUAAAGGACUGUUGAAGCAGUUGGGUUACGUACAUUUUAACAAAAGAUUUAUCAAGUUCUUUCGAAAUUACAUGUAAAAUGUGUAAAAGUGCCAGCAAGACUCUUUUUAAUUCCACAUACAAUUUCUUUAAAAAUACUUAGGAUAGGAUAGAAAGGAUUUUUUCCGAGAAUUACUUCUGUAAAACCAGCAAUUUCUUUGAGAAUUUCAUCAGUAAAUCCUCCAGAAAUUGUUUCAUGAAAUCUUUCCGGACCACCUUUUUAAUACAAAUAUUUAACCGUGACUUCUUCUUAAAAACAUUCCGGCAUCAUUCAUGGAAUUUUCUAAGAAAUUUGCGGAGAAUAUCCGGAGAUUUUUUUGCCAUUCUCGUAAAACAAAGUUCAUUUCACUCCAAAAUCGAACUUUUUAUAGAAGUCUCGGAGAGCCAUGAUGUUAUAUACUAAUCGACUUAGCUCGCCGAGCUGAAAAAAUGUCUGUCUGUCCGUGUGUAUGUGUGUGUGCACACGAAAACCGAAAAACAUUAGCCACUUUUUCAUAUAGUAAUUCUUAACCGAUUUUCCCGCAACAGGUUGCAUUCGACGCGGCAUGCUCUCUAGUUGAUCGCUAUUGAAUAUAGUAACGAUCGAUUAUUGCGCUCAAAAGUUAUGAAGAAAAUGGUGUAUUUAACCAUAUACGGUUGGUUGGUUGACUCGCCUUAUAGAGUUUGCAUGAGCCGUAAUGUAGGCAAUUAUUUAUUAUGUGUAUCACACCAAGGUGAAACCAAACGAAUGAAUCGAGAAAGGCAUCGUCACCGCUAGGUGGAUUUAUCUGGGUGUUUUUAUAGACAUUUUCGGAAACAUUUUUGUAACCUUAUCUGUAUACUUAACCAGAAGAAUUUUUGAAGGAACUCUUUUAGGAAUUUGCAGACAAAAUCCUGAAGGAACUUCUUAAGAGUUCCAAGCGAUUUUCGAAUAGAGUUCUUGAAAAAAAUGAAAGAAAUACCAGGAGGAAUUCCCAGUAGAAUUCUCGAGAGCUAGAUGUAAGAUGCACAUUGAACAUAAAGGAAUUCCAUGUGAAUUUCGAAAGGAAUUCAAAUGGAAUUUCAGGAGAGUUUUCGAAGUAAUUUAUUGAAAGUUCAUUUUCUGUGAAAUAAUCUAAUGGAACUCUCAUGUGAGUCUCUAGAGUAGCUCCUGGUAGAAUUCCAAUAACUUUCGUAGAAAUUCGAGGAGAAAUUUUCAGAUAAAUUUCUUGAUUAACUUCCAGAGGAAUUGCUGGAGUAACUUCCGGAGGAAUUCUUGGAGGAACUUCUGGAGGAAUUCCUGGAGUAAAUCCCGGAGGGUUUCCUGGAGGAAGUUCCGGAGAAAUUCCUGGAGGAAGUUCCGGAGAAAUUCCUGGAAAAACUUCCGGAAGAAUUCCUGAAGGAAAUUCUGGAAGGAUUCCUGGUGGAACUUCCGUAAGAAUUUCUGGAGGAAAUCCCGAAGGGUUUCCUGGAGGAACUUCCGGAAGAAUUCCUGGAAGAACUUUCGGAGGUAUUCCUGGAGGAGCCUCCAGAGGAAUUCCUGGAGGAACUUCCGGAGGAAUUUCUGAAGGAACUUGCGGAGGAACUCCUGAAGGAACUUCCGGAGGAAUUGCUGGAGGAACUUCCGGAAGAAUUUCUGGAGGAAAUCCCGGAGAAAUUCCUGGAUGAAGUUCCGGAGAAAUUCCUGGAGGAAGUUCCGGAGAAAUUCCUGGAGGAAGUUCCGGAGAAAUUCCUGGAGGAAGCUCCGGAGAAAUUCCUGGAGAAACUUCCGGAAGAAUUCAUGAAGAAAAUACUGGAAGGAUUCCUGGUGGAACUGCCGGAAGAAUUUCUGGAGGAAUUCCUGGAGUAAAUCCCGGAGGGUUUCCUGGAGGAACUUCCGGAAGAAUUCCUGGAGGAACUUUCGGUGGUAUUCCUGGAGGAACCUCCGGAGGAAUUCCUGGAGGAACUUGCGGAGGAAUUCCUGGAGGAAUUUGCGGAAGAACUCCUGCGGGAAUUGCUGGACGAACUUCUGGAGGAAUUCCUGGAGCAACUUCCGGAGAAAUUCCGGAAUUCCCGGAGGAGCUUCCGGAAGAAUUCCCGGAGGAACUUCCGGAAGAAUUCCGGAAGGAACUUCCGGAGGAAUUUCCGGAGGAAUUCCCGGAGGAACUUCCGGAGGAAUUCCUGGAGGAAAUUCUGGAAGGAUUCCUGGUGGAACUUCCGGAAGAAUUCCUGGGUAAAAUCCCGGAGGAGUUCCUGGAGGACCUUCCGGAGGAAUUAAGGAACUACCGAAGAUAUUGCUAGAGCUAUUUAAACACGGUGGUGAGGUACUGGCUAGAGCGCUGCACUGGAUCAUUACCAAGAUUUGGGAGGAGGAAGUUUUGCCGCAGGAGUGGAUGGAAUGUGUCGUGUGUCCCAUCUACAAAAAGGGCGAUAAGCUGGAUUGUAGCAACUACCGCGCAAUCACAUUGCCGAAUGCCGCCUACAAGGUACUCUCCCAAAUUUUAUGCCGCCGACUACCACCAAUUGCAAGGGAGUUCAUGGGGCAGUACCAGGAGGGUUUUAUGGGCGAACGCUCCAACACAGACCAGAUGUUCGCCAUUCGCCAAGUACUGCAGAAAUGUCGCGAAUACAACGUGCCCACACAUCAUCUAUUCAUCGACUUCAAAGCCGCAUAUGAUACAAUCGAUCGGGACCAGCUAUGGCAGCUAAUGCACGAAAACGGAUUUCCGAUGUGGUUGAAGAAUUCGUGUACUUGGGCUCACUGGUGACCGCCGAUAACGAUACCAGCAGAGAAAUUCGAAUGCGCAUAGUGGCUGGUAAUCGUACGUACUUUAGACUCCGCAAGACGCUCCGAUCGAAUAGAGUUCGUCGCCGUACCAAACUGGCAAUCUAUAAAACGCUCAUUAGACCGGUAGUCCUCUACGGACACGAGACCUGGACGAUGCUCGUGGAGGACCUACGCGCACUUCGAGUUUUCGAAAGGAAAGUGCUGCGUACCAUCUAUGGUGGGGUGCAGAUGGCGGACGGUACGUGGAGGAGGCGAAUGAACCACGAGUUGCAUCAGCUGUUGGGAGAACCAUCCAUCGUUCACACCGCGAAAAUCGGACGACUGCGGUAGGCCGGGCACGUAGCCAGAAUGUCGGACAGUAACCCGGUGAAAAUUAUUCUCGACAACGAUCCAACGGGUACAAGAAGGCGAAGUGCGCAGCGGGCAAAGUGGAUCGAUCAGGUGGAAGAUGACUUGCGGACCCUCCGUAGACUGCGUGGUUAGCGACGUGUAACCAUGGACCGAGCCGAAUGAAGAAGACUCUUAUAUACCGCACAGGACACUUCGACCUUAGUCUGAAUAAAUAAAUAAUAAUAAGAUAUUGCUAGAGGAAUUCCUGGAGGAAGUUCUGGAGAAAGUUCCGGAGAAAUUCCUGGAGCAACUUCCGGAAGAGUUCCUGAAGAAAAUUCUGGGAGAAUUCCUGAAGGAAAUUCUGCGAAGAUUCCUGGAGGAAAUUCUGAAAGGAUUCCUGGUGGAACUUCCGGAGAAUGGAGAAAAUCCCGGAGGAAUUCCUAAAGGAAAUACCGGGUUACUUGCCGGGUUGGCCAAGCGGAUCAGGCUUUUGAGAGCGCCGAAAUCAUAAUUUAGAUAUGAAAAUUAAUAAAAACCCAGAUUAAUCCACCUAGCGUGGGUGGUGCCUUUCUCGCGUUUAGUAAAGACACCAACCUUAUAUGGGGUUUAUAUGGUUUGAUGUACCAUUUUAUUCAUAACUUUUAAACGCAAUGACCGAUCGUUAUCAAAUUCAAUAGUGAUCAACAAGUCCCCAGUCGAAUAAAACUUGUUGCGAGAAAAUCGGUUAAGGAUUACUAUACGAAAAGUUGUCUAAUGUUUUUGUUGGCUUUUGUGCACACACAUACACACACAUACUCACAUACAUACACACGGACAGACAGACAUGUGCUCAGUUCGUCGAGCUGAGUCGAAUGAUAUACCGUGAACCCCCGGUAAUAUGACCGCUUUUAAUCUGAACACUUUUUAAUUUGAACCCCGUUCGUUUGAACAUCGUUCAAAUUAAAAAUGGUUCAAACGUCAUUUAACACGUGGAAUCGAGAAAAGAAAAAUGGAACAUCGUGAAACGGAAUGCAGAAUCAAAACAAACCAGCAAAGAGAGCAGCCAGAAACCAGUUUUUCUGAUGCAAAUAGAGUAACCAGAAGUUUAAAUUAAAAAUGAACCCCGUUAAUUUGAAUGAGGUACCGUUCAAAUUAUCGGGGGCCCACGGUAUAACACUUUGGGUCUCAGAGGCUUCUAUAAAAAGUUCGUUUUCGGAGUGAAAUGAUAGCCUUUCGGUUCAACUUUGUUGUACGAGAAAGGCAAAAAACUCUCAACGACCUUAAUCAACCGAUUGAAUAUAUACCGGAAGGCUCUUCUCCGUCAAUAACUGUUACAGGUAUCAGACCGUCGGCUCAGAAAACAUGUUCCUCUUAAUUUGGGAGAUUUGUGCCAUCGCCUUUACUGUCUUUUUCAUCAUUUACCUGACGAAAAAAAAUAGAAAGGAACAGGAAAUGCAAAUGGAAAGACGCAUGCAACUAACUUCUGAGGCACGAGCUUUAGAUAAGGACUUCAAUACGCGAAAAGCGAAACACAGAGUAGACUGUAAAAACACAAAUUAACUCCAUAAUUGCCCAUACAGUUGUCUUUCGCGACCUAGAAAUCCAAACCGUUGUCAAAUAAUUAAUACAUAAAAGUAGUUAUAAGGAGUUGAUUAGAAUUUGAGAUAAACAUUUUAUGCAUGCAAACUUGUUGAGGUUUAGAUUUUUUUAUUUUGAGUCCAUAUUUUGAAUUUGAUUUUGUUUUUGGGUCUAAAUGUAAACAGGAAAAGCUUUAAACAAGGAUGAGUAGUUGCAAUGAAGGCAGUACGAGAGUGUGCAUUGAGGGAUUUCAGCAAUGAUGGCAAAUGACCUACUUCAAAGUUGAAUGUUUUUGGACCAACCAAAUCAAAGAGUUUCCUGUAGCAACCACGAAACUAGCGCAACAGUUAUACGAGCUUCCACCAAAACUGAAAAGUUUCUAUCUUUUAAUGUUCGGAACCAGCAUUCAAGCAUUUAUUGAAAGGCCAACUAACGCAUAAUCGUUAGCAAUAAUUAAUACGCUUCUAUCCUAAAAAAGGCGCAACUAUGUAGCUUUAACUUGACAAUUUAUAUGUAAAAUGAAGAUAAUCUGUUAUUCCACAUGUCAGCCGUAUGUUUGUAGAAGGGAAUGUUUGAAACAAAAUUUAAAAAAUAAUAAUGGAGAAGCUUAAAUGUAUUAGCAGAGCAGUAAUAAUCACUAAGUGGCAUAUGAUGAGCAAAACGAUCGAUAAAAAAUCAACCAUUUUAGCGCGUGAAAGAGACAAAUGAAACUCAGUGAUAUAAUUUUUGUAGAUUUCAGAAGGAAAAAUAAUAUCCAGUAUCAAUCGUACCGAUUGUUGUGUUGUAUUUCGAUGGCUGCUUAAAAUUCACACGAUAAAACAGGAACAUUAACAUCCCGAUUGUAAUGCAGUUUAGUAAGUAAUGAAAAUGAAAAAGGUGUAUCACCGUGAGUAGGAUAUUUUACAAAACGUUUGUUGACAAAUCUCUACUUGAAAAUCCAAAGAUAGCAAGAAAUCAAUGUUCCAAAUGAUUCUUCACACUUAACGAUGCUUUAAAGUAUUCGUACUUUCUCUCACUCUUAAAUAAACUGUUAAUUGUUCAAAUAGUUUUCCAACGUUCUCGAAGCUUACAGAUAUGAAUUGCUCUAAAUUAUAUCUAUUGAAAACCAUUUCUUAGCUCUCACACUACACUCUUACAUAUGAGGAUAAAAUCCUAACACACUAACCUAAUCUAUGGUCACUUUGGUCCAGCAAGCUACUACUAAAUCAUAUUGGAUACUGUAUUCAACUGAGUAGAAUUAGUGUAGGAAACAAAAACACGAGAUAUACUACCAACUCAUAUAUGAGAGAGCAUUAAACUGAACGCAGGACGCUGAAAAUCAAAAGUUAAUAUCACUUUCCUCGUCGUUGUACCAAUUACCAAAUAAAAAGAAAAGUUAAAACCUGAUGUAAACUCCAGUGAUAGAAUAGAACCAAACGUGGUCUCCCUUCCACCCUGUGAACGGUACAUUGAUCUAAAAGAUUGUCGUCACCAUCGGUGUUCCAUUAGUUACGGUUUAUUGUUGCAAUUUUGAGUUAUUUUUUUAAUUGUUUGUUUUAAGUGAACACCAAUAAGUAAAAUACAAACUUUGUAUCACCUUGCGCUUUUAUUGAGCAACAUUGAGUUAAUCUUUCAGUCAACGACGCACACUUGAGAACGGUCUUAAUUGACACUUUUUUGUAUGGCCUGUUCUAGUCAAAGUCUUUGAGAACAUUUGUAUUAUGCACUCUAUGGACAUGCUCAUGUCCUGCUUGACUGUAAUCACUUCAAAGUAUAAAAUUAGCAUUUUUUUCUACGAAUAGUAUCCUUAGAUGCGUUUCUUCAAGUAAAUCAAAUUUUUUUGAUAAUUUAUCGCUCAAAUCAUGCUUAAUCUCUCAAACGAAUUAUGACGACAAAAAACACGGAAGGAGGCACAUUUUUAUACAUUUCAAUUUACCUAAAUCAAACGAUAAUAUUUGUUAUUCCACGUUCCACGUGUUGUACCAUUUGCGACUUCUUUUAGUCGAUAUAUUUUUAAACCCGAUGUAAUUGUUGUUACUCUGAUAUAAAAUUUAAUACGGUUCACAAAGCAACUCACAUUUUUGAAUGAGGAAAGAUUUCAUGUCACGACCUUAAAUUUUCCUGAAUAAAAACUUAGAUAUAGAUUUAUAUGGUUGUUGUCCAUUUGAGGUAAGAUUAUUGAUUGAAAAGGGAGAAAAUGUUAGUAAGAAAAAAUGAGAAUAAUUAGAGUUAUGUUUGCAUACUGGAAAUUCAAAUGUUUGAAAGUCGAAAGGAAAUGGAAAAAAAUCCAAAAUUUUAUAAUUUGUUUCGGUGUUUAACUGGACUUCAUAUGUGCAUUUAAAACAAGAAUUAAUCAAUAAAGUGGCACAAUGUCAAAUGUAUGGAAUA